UGUCCUGCCCCCAAGAACAUACCCCUCACAAAGGACCUCCUGCGCCCAUCCCCAGAAGAGGAGAAGAGGAAGCACAAGAAGUGCCUGGUCCAGAGCCCCAACUCCUCCUUCAUGGACAUGAAGUACUCAGCGUGGGACAAAAUCACCACUGUCUUCAGCCACGCACAAACAGUGGUUUUGUGUGUGGGCUGCUCCACCGUCCCGUGCCAACUGAAAGGAGGAAAAGCAAGGCUUACACAAGGAUGCUCCUUCAGACAGGAGCAGCAGUAAAAGUAACCUAAAUCAACAUGAGUGGGAA